AUGGAGAAGAUAUCAAGUGACCCUCCACAGCAGGAACUCCUGAAUGAUGCACCCGAUGAAGGGGGAUCGCCAUCUCCACCCCCAGUCAGCGCCUGGAAGGUGGCCUGCCUCACUAUUGCCCUCUGUUUAGGUAUCUUUUGCAUGUCGUUGGAUGUCACAAUCAUCACAACCGCGAUUCCUCGCAUCACCGAUCAGUUUGACUCCCUAGACGACGUGGGUUGGUACGGUAGUUCUUUUCUUCUUACCACGUGCGCCACGACUCUCGCCUUUGGUAAAUUGUAUACAUUUUACUCCACAAAAUGGGUAUAUCUAUCCGCCCUCUUUCUAUUCGAAGUCGGUUCAGUUGUCUGUGGAGCUACCCCUACCUCAGUUGGUCUGAUCGUGGGUCGAUGCAUCGCUGGCGUGGGCGCUGGGGGUAUCUUCUCCGGUAGUCUUCUGAUGAUCGCUCAAACUGUUCCUCUGCAUCGUCGCCCAAUCUUCACGGCCUUACUUGGUACUAUGUACGGGAUUGCUAGUGUCGCUGGUCCCCCAUUGGGAGGCGCCUUGACAGAUCGAGUCUCUUGGCGCUGGUGCUUUUAUAUCAACUUGCCUAUCGGUGCUGUCACCACGAUCUUCGUCCUGUUUUUCUUCCAUGCCCCUGCUUCAGUAAAAAGGCGCCCUGGCUUCCGCAAAAUGCUGGGAGAGCUAGAUCCUCUCGGCACCUUUUUCUUUCUACCUGCCAUCGUUUGUCUUCUUCUGGCCCUCCAAUGGGGAGGCACCCAGUACGCUUGGAAUAACCCUCGAAUCAUUGCCCUUUUCGUGGUCGCUGGUGUUCUCAUAAUCGCCUUUGUGGGCGUUCAGAUUUGGCAGAAUGAGAAGGCCACACUCCCACCGCGUAUCGUCUGCAAUCGAAAUAUCUGGUCGGCAGCCUGGUAUGCCUUUACGCUUAACGCUACUUACUUUGUCUUCUCUUACUACCUUCCUAUCUGGUUCCAGUCAAUCAAAGGGGCCACGGCCACUAAAUCGGGUAUAAUGAACUUGCCGAGUAUUAUCUCAGUCGUCAUCGUCUCCGUUCUGUCCGGUACUCUCGUCACCGUAUUCGGUUAUUAUAACCCCAUCAUGAUCUUGGCCUCUAUCAUUUUGUCAGUUGCGGCCGGUCUGCUCACUACCUUGAAGGUAGACUCGGGGGCCGGCGAAUGGAUCGGCUACCAGAUUUUGAUGGGAAUUGGCGUUGGUUUGGGAAUGCAACAACCGUUCAUACUGGUGCAAAAUGUGUUAGCUGAUGAAGACGUUCCUACCGGGACAGCCGUGGCAACAUUUGCCCAGACCCUGGGAGGUGCGAUCUUUAUUUCCGUGGGUCAAAAUGUCUUCCAGAACCAACUCAAGAAAGCCAUACACAUUGAAGACCCCUUGGUGGAUAUUGCCAAAGUUCUGGCGGCUGGUACAACGACAUUGCGCCAGAAGCUUCCAGUUGAGCAGCUGCCAGCCGUUCUGAGAUCUUACAAUACCGCCAUCACCCAAGCCUUCUACGUGAGUGUGGCUUUGGCAGUGCUGUCCAUCUUCGGCACAAUCGCGUUGGAAUGGAAGUCUGUGAAGAAGCCAAGAGACACCACAACUGCACCCGCCGCUGAUGAGGCGAGUUGA